AUGGCCAGUAAUAGAGCUGAUAGAUUCGCAGCUUUGAAAAAAGCGAGGAAAGAAGGUGGGAGAUUGUCACAGUGGAAACCUGGUGAUGGAGAGAUAUACGAUACAGUCUCUGACGAACAAUAUCGCUCUAUAGUGGGUGAUCGACUGGAGAAAGAUGAUUUUAUUGUGGAUGAUGAUGGGAACGGAUAUGUCGAUAAUGGAGUUGAUGAUUGGGAGGACGAGAGGGAAGAGGAGAGUAGUGAGGAUGAAGAUCAUUUCGAAGGUGAGGAUGAAGAGUUGAGAAAAGCUCGUAAACUCAAAAAAGCAAAAGCCAGAGCUCGAGCCCAGAAAAAGUCCACCUCAUCCAAACCAAAGCCCAAAUCAGCUUUAUCAGAUUACGCCCGUCCAAUCCAAUCCACCUCUACAUACCGUCCAGCUCCUUCCGCCAUUGCCGAAGACGACUUCAUGGCUUCCCUUCUAUCCAGUGUCACUUCAGUCCCUUCCGUUCCUUCCCAACCAGCUUUCCUGUCCGACACACGAAAACGGAAAUCUUCCCCUGAUAUUCCUAUGUACAGCUCGGACGGAAUUGAACCUUCUUCCGAAGAGAGUUUCUUUUCUAAAAAGAGAUACGGCGAUUCUUCCGAUGUAGAAGAAGAACCGCGUAUGACGAUGACUAUAGGAAAUAAGAAAAAACCAAGGAUAUCAGAAAUGACGAUUGUUCCUGAUAAAGAUAUGGAAAUGGAUAUGCAUAUGGAGACUGUUGUGAAAGAAGAACGUAUUAGUGAUGAUGAAGAUGAAGGUAUAAAGGUACAAUCUAAACCUCUUGCACAAUCGAAGAUCAAUGGUAAUUCAACAAGAAGAAAAAUGGUUAAUUCUACUUCUGUCAAAGUAAAACAAGAAAUACCCGUUGUUCAUGGUGUAGGUAAAGAAGUGGAGACGAAAGAGGAAGAAACUCCUUCGAAAGUUGGUUUAAAGAAGAUUAUUCCAGGUGCAACUCAUUGGUCCUCUUUGUCAGAAACGUUGGCACCGAAAACACAAGAGUUGGAAACGGUCACCGCUCCGGUAGGAAGUAUCAAACAAGAGAAUGUUUUGGAAGAAGAUGGCACCUUGAGGAUGUUUUGGUUGGAUUUCAUCGAACAGGAUGGGGUGGUCCAUUUGGUAGGAAAGGUUUUGGAUAGACAAAGUGGGAAAUAUGUGAGUGCGUGUGUUAGUGUGAAUGGAAUUCAGAGGAAUUUGUUUGUCAAACCUAGACCUAAAAGAUUUUCUGGCGGUCAUGAAACAGAUCUUGAAGUGACAAAGACCGACGUAUACCAAGAUUUUGACAAAGCUCGUCAAAAAGCCGGAGUGGAAGAAUGGGCAGCAAAAUUCGUACAGCGUAAAUACGCUUUCGAAGAGAAAGAUGUACCUAAAGGAGAGAGCGAAUGGUUGAAGGUGGUAUAUGGAUUUGAUCAACCCGAAAUGCCCAUGGACUGCCAAGGACCCACAUUCAGUCGAGUGUUCGGGACCAACACGUCAGCGUUCGAGCUUUUAGUGAUCAAGAGAAAGAUCAUGGGGCCAUGCUGGUUGGAAAUCAAAGGACCUGUUUUGAGUACCAAAGCCACUUCAUGGUGUAAAAUUGAAUUUCACACUUCUUCACCCAAAAACGUCAAUCCUCUCACAGAAGAUGCCCCAAACGCCCCUAAAGAUAUCCCACCACUCACAAUAACAUCCAUCUCUCUCCGAACCAUCGUCAAUCAUCGAGAAAACAAAACUGAGAUUUUAUGCGCCACAACCCGAACAUGGGAAUCAUGUAACAUUGAUGAUCCCACACCACCCGAUCGAUUACCCAGUACGCUCAAUACCAUCGUCAGACCAAUCGAAAAAUUCCCUCCUAAUCUCGAAAGCAGAGCCAAAACCGAACGUUCUCCUUUCCAAACUGUUAAAGCAGAAAGAGCGUUAUUGAACUCUCUUUUAGCUACAAUACAAAGACAUGAUCCAGAUGUUAUCGUUGGACAUAAUUUCUUAGGCAAUGGAUUCGAAGCUUUGUUGUAUAGGAUGAAAGAAUUAAAAGCGGAUCGUUGGAGUAGGAUAGGAAGGUUUAGAAGAAAAACAUUCAAUAUUUCCAAAGCUGGUAAUAACGUCAGGUUGAUGGCAGGUAGAUUAGUAGCGGAUUUAUCUAGUGAUGCUGCCAAGGGUAUGAUAUCAUCAACUACUUGGUCCCUCACUGAAAUGUGCGGAACACAUCUUAAAAUACAAAGAGAGGAUAUAGAUCCUGAAGAUACGCACGGAUAUUUUGAUCAUACACUUUCAGGUCCGGAAAAAUUGAUAAAGUUUAUUCGAUUAUGCGAAGUGGAUUCUUAUUUUCAAAUGGCAAUAGCGGCUAGGGUGCAAAUGUUACCUUUGACAAAACAACUUACGAAUUUGGCUGGAAAUUCCUGGAAUUUGACUCUGAAUGGAGGUCGUGCAGUCAGAAACGAAUUUAUCUUAUUACACGAAUUCCAUCGUCUUAAAUACGUUUGUCCUGAUAAAACAUUCAAGAAAACUCGAACAAUCACAAUGGAAGAUGAAGAUGAAGAAGUUCCCAUGGCGAAAAGAGGAAAAGCUAAAUAUGCCGGUGGAUUAGUAUUCGAUCCUAAAAAAGGUUUAUGGGAUACUUAUAUAUUGGUAAUGGAUUUUAAUUCUUUGUAUCCUAGUAUCAUACAGGAAUACAAUAUCGAUUUCACCACUGUAGAACGGGAACCUGUGGAUGAGGAGGGGGAAGAAGAUAAAAUCCCAGAUGUUCCAGGUGGUGAAAUACCUCAAGGUGUACUACCACGAAUAAUCGCUACACUCGUAGGUAGAAGAAAACAGGUUAAAGCUUUGAUGAAGGAUAAAAACGCUACUGCUGCUCAACUUCAACAGUACGACAUCCGUCAACAAGCUUUGAAACUUACCGCCAACUCAAUGUACGGUUGUCUAGGUUUUCAAGGUUCUCGGUUCUCCUCCAGACCUCUGGCGGCAUUGACGACUUAUAAAGGUCGAGAGAUUUUGACUCAUACGAGGGAAUUGGCCGAGUCGCUUCAACUUGACGUCGUAUACGGUGAUACCGAUUCCGUAUUUGUCAACUCAAAUGUCACUUCUUACCCCGAAGCUCUCAAAAUCGCCAAUGAUUUCAAGAAAUUGGUCAAUGAGCGAUACAGAUUACUCGAAAUCGAUCUUGACGCUGUAUUUGAACGUAUUUUGUUAUUGAACAAAAAGAAAUAUGCUGCUGUGAAGAUUGAUGCUUCUGGAGACAAGACGACGGAAGUUAAAGGGCUUGAUAUGAAGAGAAGAGAGUUUGCUAAGAUUAGUAAGGAUGCUUCUGCGGCGGUGUUGAAGGAGAUACUCUCAGGUCAAGCGACGGAAGUUGUGGUAGAGAAGAUACAUGAAUAUCUUACCAGUCUAGGUGAGACGGUACGUAGUGGAGGUAUACCAUUGGAAGAUUUCAUCAUUUUCAAACGAUUGGGUAAAAACCCCGAAGAUUACCCAGAUAAGAAAUCACAACCUCACGUUCAAGUGGCAUUACGUAUGAAAAGUAAAGGUGUCGCAGUACGCGCACAUGAUGUGAUACCUUAUAUCAUGUGUUUGGGAGAAGAUGGGAAAAGCGCAAAGAGUGCACAUGCUGAUAGGGCUUUUCAUCCUGAUGAUUUGAGGCGACAGGGGUCAGAGUUGAGAAUAGACUUCGAUUUCUACCUCGAUGGUCAAAUCUUACAACCUGUAUUGAGAUUAUGCGAGUCUAUAGAAGGUACGGACCGUGCGCGUUUAGCAGAAUGUCUAGGUCUCGAUCCUACACGGUAUGCAACUCAUACAGGAGGCGAAGUGACAGAAAAGCAAUUCUUCACGUUCGAAUCGCAAAUCUCGGAUAAAGAGAGGUUCAAAGAUGCUUCUCCACUUUCUUUACGUUGUAUAGGAUGUCAUAGUGUAUCUAAUUUUGAAGGAUUGUUAGAUGAUUCUUCAAACAUGCUUCAACCUACCGGUCUUAUAUGUCCCGUCUGUUCUUCCAUCUAUCCAACACCUUCCAUAUCGGUCCAAAUGGAAAACCAAAUCCGAGCGCAUGUGGCGAGAUAUUAUCUCGGUUAUACCAUUUGUGAUGGGGAAGGAUGUGGAGCUAGAACUAGGAUGAUGGGUGUUUAUGGACGUAGAUGUUUAGGAUUGGUGAAAGAAGGAUGUAAAGGUGUUGUGAGGUUAGAAUAUUCUGAUCAAAAAUUACACGAUCAACUCUUAUACUUUCAUACAUUAUUCAAUACCGACAAAGCUCUUUCAGAUACUCGUGGAGGUGCGAAAUACGAAGAAUUACGAGCUUUGUUGAUUCCUAAUCUCCAAGCGUUUAAUCAGAUAACACGUGUUGCACAGAGGUAUUUGGAUAAGAACGGUAGAAGGUUUGUCGAUUUGAAAGGUUUGUUUGGGUUUAUGGAAAGGGUUAGAAUAUGA